GGAAAUUCCGAAGCAAGCAAAGUGUGGUGAAGCAAACAUCACGUGGAAGUCAAGGACCAUGUUUGACUGCAUAAUUAACGAGGAACAGAACAGAACAGAACAUAACUGCAAAGUGUUUGAACUCUGUUUCAAUGAGAUGCAACUGUUUGAACUCUUGUGUUCGAUUCAAUGCAACUGUUUGAACUCUGAAUCUGUAGAUUGUUUGUAGUGUGCCAAAUGAUAUCAGAAUGGAGACUUGUACCGUGAAAGGAGGCUGCCCCAGUGACUACAUAGCUAUUGCCCUAUCCAUUCUUUCCUUCACUGUGCUUCUCUUAUGGUCAAUAUUUCCCUUCCUAGUUCACAAGGUUCCUCGUACCAAAGGCAGUGGCUUCUGGUUACCUGUUAUUCAAGUUGUUGCCAGCUUCAAUCUUCUUCUAUCGAUUGUGAUGUCAAAUAAUUUCUUGAAAAUGGGAAAGAGACAUUGGUUGCGGUCAUGCUACCUAUGGGGAGUCUGGGUUGAAGGUCCACUAGGGUUUGGUUUGCUGUUGAGCUGUCGCAUAACACAAGCUUCACAAUUAUAUUUUAUCUUCGUCAAGAGGCGUUUACCAUUGAUAAGAUCAUAUAUUUUUCUUCCACUUAUUCUACUUCCCUGGAUUGCUGCUGGUGGUGUUAUCCAUUCAAUGAAGCCUCUAAGCAGUCGCUGUCACAUGAAAGCUCAAUGGACCAUCCCAGUUGUAUCCCUCCAUUCAUUGUAUAUUGCCAUUUUGGUUGGGGUUACAGCUGCUGUUCAUCACAUAGAGUUCAGGUUUGAUGAACUCAAAGACCUCUGGCGGGGAAUACUUGUAUCAGCUGUGUCCAUUGCUGUGUGGGUUACUGCUUACAUACUAAAUGAAAUUUAUGACAAUAUCUCAUGGCUUGAAGUUGCCUCCAGAUUUCUGCUUUUAGUUGUGGCUAGCAUACUUGUGGUGGCUUUCUUUUCAAUAUCAAGUUCACAACCACUUCUCUCACAAAUCAGCUUGAGGAGAAGAGAAUCCAGAGAAUUUCGCACAAUGAGUCAGGCUCUGGGCAUACCUGAUAGUGGGGUAUUAGCACAAAGUGAACCAAUUUCAAGGAUAGAUCCUAAUGAACCGUUGGAUAAGCUUCUCCUGAAUAAGAGAUUCCGGCUGUCUUUUAUGGCAUUUGCUGAUAGCUGCUUGGCUGGGGAGAGUGUGCACUUCUUUGAUGAAGUAUAUGAGCUUAGUAAAAUACCUGAAGAUGACUGUGUGAGAAGGAUCUAUAUGGCACGACAUAUUAUUGAGAAAUACAUAAUUGCAGGUGUGGCUAUGGAGGUGAACAUCUCUCAUAGAAGCAGACAAGAAAUUUUAUCAACUUCCAGCCUCACACGCCCUGAUCUCUUCCAUAAUGCACUUAAUGAAAUCAUUCAGCUGAUGAAAACAAAUCUAGCUCGAGAUUACUGGUCUUCAAUGUUCUUCCUGAAGUUCCAGGAAGACACCAAUGUAAGAUCUAAUGAGUACGAGCUGGAGCAAAUGACCGGGUGGAACUUUUCUCCAAGGUUGAGUUCUGUGCAUGGUAUAGACGAUCCUUUUCACCAGGACCAUCUUCUGAAGAGCUCAGGCUGUAGCAAUGAUACAACUGAUUUAUGACUUGUUAGCACUUAUGCGCAGAAUUUCUCUGGUUUGAGAAAAGAUCCUAGCAUUCAAGGCCUAGGCACCUACAGAAGAAAGGUGAGAAAGGAAGUUUUAUUUCUGCUUAUCCAUUAGAAUACAUCAUUCAUGUUUAUAUAGAAGUUUCUCUAACAAUUUUCUAGCGGAUUUUGGCACUGCAUGCCUUGGAGGAAAUCAAAUACAAGGAGCAAAGGGAACGAUUCCUAACAGAAAGGGAAUAUUUGGCCGACAAUUAUCCUGCAUGGGCCACUACUCUGCUGCCAGUUAAGCUACUACCUCCUAGUCUGUUACACGAAAUCCUUGAGGCAGUGAGAUUUGUUGAUUUCCCUUUUUGGCCUUUGAUUCUCUUCUAUCUCUUUGUCUGGUUGUUGCUCUGCAUCUCCUUGCUCUGUGUUCUGCUGAUUAGUGCUUCUUGUCAUAACAAUAAUCUUUGGACUAUCAUAUAAUUUCACUCAUGGAAAUAGAUACUCCUUCCGGAUUUAAUAGUUGUAUUUUAACAAGAAACUUGGUUUUGUAUAAGAAAAAAAAAUGGAAUACACAACUUGAAGAGUGAGACUUUAGUACUCCUUAUUCUCUUUAUUAGACUAGAUAUUCUAAAUGCUCUUUCUUAUGAUUAUCUCCUUCGAAUUUGUAUUCAUAUUUCACACAUUAUCUCAAUAACCAGUAAAAUAAUUUCUCUCAAGCAAAUUAACUUUUUUCCCUAUAUAAACAAAUUAAUUUUUUUUUAUCUGUGUAUUUACCUCGAUA